CACAGGCGGGAUCCUUACCCGGAAGUAGCCUCGGUGCUGCGGUAAAAAAGCUAAAUAACUCCGUAGAGAGUGGAUAUUACCGUUUAUUUUCGACGUUAAGUGGUUUCUUUGUCUCUCCGGAGCCGUUAAAGUUCAACCGGAAUCAACGGAAAACGGUUUUUAUCUCAUAAAACCCUCCUUCGAUACUGUGUCCGUUAGAAAUGAACGUAAUCUCCGGGGAAACACGGUAAACAACCCGUUUAAUCGCGUUUUAACGCUUCCAAUAAGAUGUUACAUCCAACAGACGGGUACGUGACUCACAUUUAAAGCCCUCGUUGCGGUUCGUUUGUACAAAUCUCGCCCGAGAUUUGAGUAUUUAGCGCGUUUCUGUGAACUGGUAACGCGCAUGCGCGGUGAGCCGCGGCAAGCCGAUGCGGAUAUAAGGAUUGGCGCCGGCGCCACAGCUGAUGCAUUCAUUCAUUCACCACCGAGGAGCAGAGCCAUAAAUACACUCAACACAAUGUUCAGACGCAGCGGUCGCAUCACUUUGCAAGCCAGAGAUUCAAACACGCUCGAGCCGACCGCCAGAGCCCCGCUGAAGAGAAGGAAAUCUGAGCCCUCCAAGAAAAAGCUACAACCUGCUGCCAAGAAACAAAGCUAUGAAAUACAGAAGUGUUGGUCCGAGGACGGAGCGAGUCCAUGUGUCCUCAUCGAGACCCCCCACAAGGAGCUGGAGCCUGCAGACCCCUCCAGCUUCAAGCAGUACAGAUUCAAGAACCUCUUCAUCAAGGCCUCCCCCAUUCCCUGCCUCAGCUGGGCGAGCUCUGACGACGUGUGGAUCAAGAUGCUCAACAAGGAGCUGAAGUACGUCCACGACGGCAGCUACCUGCAGCGCCACCCCAAGCUGCAGCCCAGCAUGAGGGCCAUCCUGCUCGACUGGCUGUUCGAGGUGUGCGAGGUGUACGCCCUCCACCGGCAGACCGCCUACCUCGCCCAGGACUUCUUCGACCGCUUCAUGCUGACGCAGGAGAACGUCAACAAAGACUACCUGCAGCUCAUCGGCAUCACGGCGCUCUUCAUCGCCUCCAAGAUAGAGGAAAUCUACCCUCCUAAAAUCUUAGACUUCGCCUACGUCACAGAUGGAGCCUGCGAUAUUUGGGACAUCCAGCGCACGGAGCUCCACAUACUCAAGGCGCUGAACUGGAACCUCUGCCCCGAGACCCCCAUCGCCUGGUUGAAGCUGUACGCUCAGGUGGAGGCCCAGAAAGACGGAGAGAACUUCCUGGUGCCGCAGUUCUCCCAGGAAACCUACAUCCAGAUCACACAGCUGCUGGACCUGUGCAUCCUGGACAUCCGGGCGCUGGACUACAGCAACAGCGUCCUGGCCGCGGCCGCCUUCUGCCACUUCUCCACGUUCGACGUCGUCCACAAAGUCUCGGGUCUGACGUGGGACGGCGUGUCCCCGUGUGUCCGGUGGAUGAGUCCCUUUAUGGACGUCCUGCGGUCUCAACCAGCACCUCAACUCAAGACCUUCUCCAAGGUCAAACCUGACGCCCGGCACAACAUCCAGACGCACGUGGCCUACCUGGACCUGCUGAAAAAAUCCCAUGAACUUCGACCUGACAGCCCUGAAUGUCAGAUGUCUCCCAUCGCCGUGGGAACGAUCCUGACUCCGCCCAGCAGCACAGAGAAACCAGCCAAUCACUGAGCAGGAUGCACUACCUCUUCGUACAGCUUGACCUGAUUUGACGUCUCCGAUCGCGUCAGCUCGUCGCCAACAGGACACGAUUUUAGAUUUUUAUGUAGCGUGAUUUUUAUUUUAUUUUUAAACACUAAACCUGGAAUCCUGUCUUCUUUUUUUAUUUUAUUUUUUUAAUUCAUUUGGUUUUAUGAAACUUGAAAUUGUCAGGAACUGCUGUUCUAUGGACAGUGUGGGACUUUACAGGUGAACCAGUUUGAGUUUUAGACUGAAGCAGCGACCCGGGUCCCCGGAUGGAAUUUGGGAUCCGUCUUGUUGCUCGGUUGAGAGGAAACUGAACAUUUUGAAGUAUUAAUCUGGGAGUUUUACUGCUGCCCUUCUUGAAAUAAGGCGUAAAUUCCUCCAGAUGGUGCUAUACUCAGAUUCUUUGAUUCAAGAGAAUCAAAAUGUCAUUUUCUACGUUAAAUAUAUUUUAUUUAACCCUGGAAUUUGCUUAAGUUUAAGUAUCCUCUCCUAAAUUGUAAAAUCUCCCAAAUGUAUGUAAACUUAAAGGUUUACACCCCCAAUUUUUCAGAACAAUGUUAUCUAUAGAGUGCUUUAUUUUUUGCUACAUGAGCCAUACCAAUAAUCACUUUAUUUGCUGUUAACAUCUGGACAUCUGCAGGUGUUUUGAACGCACCUGACCUGUUUGUGUGGCUCAAUAAUUCCCCUCUUCAAUCGCGUUGUUGUUGCAACCUGGUUGCACAUUCGUGUUACAUUCCUGAGAAACUUGACUUGCAUAGGAAAACUGCAGUUUUUGCGUUUAAAAGUGCUUGUAUUUAUUAAGCCUUAGUAUGUAAAAACAAUGUCUGUGUAUAUGUAAAAGAUAACAAUCUGAGCUCAGUUUGAUCGCUGCCAAAGGCAAAAGCUAUUUAUGAUUUUGCUAUUUGACGUCUUUUUGUUGAAUUACAGUUCCUCAUUCGAUGGUGUACGAUAGCCUGUCCAUUCUUAGUGCCUUUUUAAAAAGAAUAUGAACUGUACAGCUACAAGUGUGAACAAACCUGUGACUGUAAACCUGAAAUCUCUACAGCUCACUCGAGAUUGCGGUGGACAAACAAUGGAAACUGUAGAUGUUAAAGAAUGUAUGUUUUGUAAAUACAAUAAUUCAGAAAUGUGUAAUUUCUUUUAUAUUGGAAUGUUUUAAAUAAAUUGAAGGAGUUUGGUAUGUU